GAUACCCAGUCUUCCGAAUUCAUUAUAACGAAAAAUUUCUUUCAAAAUGGAACUGUUCAAGUUCCUUUUCUGUAUUGUUUUAAUUGCUGUCUGUGCAGCACACUGUCCGGAAUCGGAUACAAACUUACUUAAAUGGAGCGAUCAUGCUGGAACGUGGAGCGGUUUGCCACCUGCUGAAAAUGACAACCUGACAAUCACACAACCAAUACUAUUAGACGAACAACCACCAACAUUAUACUCCAUAGUCAUCACAGAUACUGGUAAAUUAGUGUGGGACCCAAACACUGUGGUCCACCUGAAGGUACAUUGGGUACAAGUAGACGGAGAGCUACAUAUCGGAGCAGAGGAUUGUCCAUUUCAGACAAACACUCACAUCACGUUUCUAGGAAAUGUUGAAGAAAACAAUCUUGGUGCUGGCGGAGAUAAAGCAUUAUUUGUUACAGCUGGUGGAACACUCGAAAUUCACGGAAAACCAAAACUUUCCUGGACCAAGCUUGCGCAGACCGCUCCAAAAUUCAACACUGAUACAGAAGUUAUUGCUAGCCAUCAGGAAAAUACUAAUAGUAAAGGACUUGCUGUUUACAGUAUCAACCCUACUACAGGAGAACUAGUUGACUCAGCAUUCUUCAACUUUAUGAUCAAUCGUAGAAAAUAUCCAGAACUUAUCCUAAGAUUCGUAAAUCUCUUAGAAGGUAUACCCAAUGGCAACAUAGUUGGUAUUGCAAUACACAAAGACUUACCUCGUAAAGGCGACAUCAGUGGAGCACUUGAAGCAAUUGAAAUAUUAGCUGGACAAACAGAUGGAACGAAUCCGCUCAGGGAUACUGAGGAUGCAAUGUAUGCUCUUCUUACAACAAAAGGCUCAACUUCCAUGACGAAAGAGGUAUUCCUUCCGUUGAAGUCAGAAGGCAAAACAAUUGCCGAAGUCUCAAUGCUGGUUGAAGGAUUCAUCGUUCUAGUGACGAGUUCAUUUGACAUGGAAAUGAAAGGAAGGUCCAAAGCUGAAGUUUUGGUCGCAGUCGAUUUGAAAUACAGACCAGUUUUGACUUUUAUAGAAGAUGUCAGCACAUGGGAAACAGGAGAUACUGUCGUUAUUGCAUCUACCGACUAUGACUGGAAGCAGGCUGAAGACAAAACUCUCAUCGAAUGCCCGUCCUGUAGAGAUAAUCAGAAGCGGGUAUCGGGUCCACUAAAGUUCACUCACUAUGGCGAAAUCUACAAAAAUGUUGAUAUGAGAGGCGAAGUUGGACUCUUAACCAGAAACAUUUUGUUCGACACUGAAGAUGCUGAAGGAUCAACUACAUAUGGUGGGAAUCUUAAAGUAUUGAAAGGAUUCAAAAGCGUUCAUAUUGAAAAUGCAGAAUUUAAUGAUCUAGGUCAACAAGAAGUGUUAGGCAGAUACCCUAUUCAUUUCCAUAUGUGUGAGGAUGUUGAUGAAGACAAAGUUACAAGGCCAUGGAUCAAACACAACUCUAUCCAUCAUUCCAACAGCAGAUGCGUUACUGUUCACGGAACACAUGGUCUAAUUGUGGAAGAUAAUGUAUGUUACAUGACAAAGGGUCACGGUUAUUUCUUAGAAGAUGGUGGCGAAAAGAGAACGGUAUUAAAUGGAAACUUAGGGCUUGGUCAGGAAAAAGGAACACUUAUUAUAGCUGACAAAGCACCAGCUACCUUCUGGAUUACAAAUCCUCUUAGUUACGUCACAAACAACGUAGCAGCAGGGGGUCAGGGACGAGGAUAUUGGUUUACAUAUCCACUCAUUCCAACAGGACCUUCAGCUGAUAAAGGAUACAUGUUAAAAGAUGAAGCAAGACGCACAGUUAUUACUGAAUUCUACAACAAUGUUGCCCAUUCAAAUAAAAAGCACGGUUUUUUCCUUGAUAACGAAUUUCAUCCCGAUGGAAGUGCUACUGGAUACAACAGAUACAGACCUAAGGAAGAUCCCAUAAUGCACUUGAAAUAUAAGAACUCUACUGAUAAACCAUCAAUAAUAAACAGAAUGACAGCGUACAAAAAUUCUCCCAGAAACGCAUGGAUUAGAGGAGGAAUGUUCAAAAUAGUCCGUGCAUCGUUAUCAGACAGUGCUGAGUUACUUAAUAUAGUAAAAGAGAAUACUGCACUGCAGUUCAUAGACCAGAGUGUAUUUAUAGGAGAUUCUCCUAAUUUUGGAGAGACAGCAACAGUUAACGGUCAACCCGUAUCAAUUGGAAGAUCUUUACCAAUGAUUCCUGCAAAUAUGAUGCAAAGUUUCAAUCCAAGAAAUGCAAUCAACCUGAGAAGAGGGCCCAUUUAUGUAACAGAUGUUUUCUUUGAUGGUUUUGCUGAUAACGAAUAUUACCAAAUGGGAGCCAUUGGUUGGAAUAAACUGGACAGACAAUCCCCUUUUAACAGUAUUACUAAUGCACAAUUUGGUUUUUCUGAUCCAAGCGAAGGAAACAGAGUCAAAGAUACUCGUCAGGAUGAAACACAGCGAACUGGUGACGAUAUCCGAUCAUUCAGAGAUAUGGAUAACUCGGUAACGGAACUUGAAGCAUCAGAUGAUUCAGUCGUUACAGUUCUAAGUCCUGAAGCCUUCCAUAUGACAGAAGAGUGUAAGAUUAGGUCAAAUUGGAAUUUUGGAUACUGUGAACAUGCUUUCGGUAAAUUAGCUAUAAAGUACUCCUCAGAAAACGUUUUAACGAUGACAAGGGACGAUGAUUACGAGACAGCCAGAGUGGAUGCGGAUUCACCAGAUGAUGCCAGCUUUCUCGUCAUUACAGGAGAAAGUUACAGUUAUUCUAUGUUUUUUGAAGAGGAGGUUCCGAAUGAAUUCGGUAUACUAAUGGUCGGAUUGUCAAAAUCACAAGGUGUACGAUUAGGAGUGUGUAUCCCAUCCGAUGCUACUUUUAGAGUGUUUGGAGGAAUGGUGAAAUGGGCAGCCGUAGAUUCUUUAAGCGACGUUGAUGCGAUCGGAGACUACUUCUACGAUUCCGAUACUGGGUACCUUGCUGUAUUCCUUUCUGAUUCGAGAGAUUUUGAACCAGGAGAAGUAGGUGAAUGUGUUGGAGAGGGUGAAAUGUGUAGAAGAGUAAUGAUAAAAAUUGAAAAUGGCGAUUUAACUCAGACUGACUGUUUAAGUGCUGCUCAUGAAAAAUUUAACCUUUCUUCUAGUUCGUCCGAAUCUCGAAGGAGACUUACAACAUUACUUGAACUACUUAGUAAAAGACUUAAUCACGGAAGCAGACAAAAACGAGCCGUUGACACUGCUGGAGUGAUUGAUACCAGAGAACUUCCUGCUACUGCUAAUGAACCACCUGCGAACUGGGGAGCAGGCUCAACUAGAGGAUAAUAGAAUACACAGUGUCUCAUAAUCCAAAUUUCAAAUGCAAAAAAUCGUACGAACCAAAUCUGUUUCGUUGUAUCAAUAAUAAAGUGUGUGAUUUAUA